AUGGAUCAAAAUGUUGAUCAGCCAAGGCAGGAGGAGCCCAGCCUUCGCCUGGAAAAACUACAACACUGGGCAAAACGCAGGCACAGUGGACAUCUACUGGUGCUGGCGGUGAGCCAACUAUGGCUGGCAAUAGCUGUGGUCCCCUUUACUCUCUCGGUUUCCUGCUUGAACUCUGCCUGUCACCUGGCCACAGUGCUGCCACUUUGGCCUGGAGCCUCGGGUCUCCUCACUGGCAUCGUUACCCUUGAAUUUCGAAGAGCACCUUGCAUCUGGAAGGUGCGGGCCAUGAUGAUAUCCAACACCUUGAACCUGAUCUUGGGCUUCAUUGCGGUGGUGAUGGAGGUGAUCAAGACAGCCUUGGGGACUGCCUCUGCUGACUCCUCCCAGUCGACAGGGUUGCUGGUGCUAGAGCUCAGCGCCGAGGCCUUCACCCUAGGGGGAGUGCUGUUCUCAACAUACGCUCUAUUCUUGCUGAGCCAGAGGAAGCCUGGAUCCUUCAAGAAGUCAAGGCUGCAGUACCAGGAGCUACAGGAGGGUCUCUCUGAGGUGGAGGAGGUUUCUGGUUUGGAGAAUGAUCCCGUGGUGGCUAGCACAGGAAAUAGAACGGAGGAGUGAGUGGGAAAGACAGGUGCCACUGUCCUCCUACGCCAAGGGGAGUAUCUCCAGGCACUUCUGCAUCGUGCACCUCUCUUGGACUAUAACUGGACUCCCCCAAGAUGUGCAUGAAGCCCAAAGGAGUGUUCUCAGUUUCCCCUCAAACCAGGCCCAUUUCUCUUCUCUUCUCCAUUAGAGGAAGAUAAUCUCUGGACUAGAGACCUCCCUCACCUCACUCCUUGUCAAGCAGCUUCUUUCCUUGCAUUCUUCGCCUUCUUCCUCCCUGCCUCUCCAUCCAGCUUCACGUCUGCCUCAUCUCACUGUUCACCUUUCACAAUCCCAUCCACUCCAAGCCCGGCUGCUGCACCAGCCAACCCAGAAUCCGCGUCGGUUGUGCUCCAGGUCUCCCUUGGAUCCGGGUCCUGCCUAAUUUACCAGACUACAAAUCCCAGGAUGCCCCGCUACCCCGUGACCUACUGCAAAAUAAAGAGCCUUCCCUCGGC